AUGGGUGCAAUCAAGGCAGCAGUGGCGGAUGGGGUGUUGACUUUCAUGUGGGUCUUCAGUAUUUCAUCUCUGGGGACCCUCAAUUCCCUCCUCACCGCCGCUCUCCCCGUCCCCCACCACCAUCACUGGUGGUCCUCCCUCCUCACCACCACCUGUCUCGUCUGCGUCUUCUUGUUCGUUUUUGGGAUCAUCGGUCACGCCUUAGGCGGCGCCACCUUCAACCCCACCGCCACCGCUGCCUUCCACGCCGUCGGCCUCGGCGGAUCCAACUCUCUUUACUCCACGGCCCUCCGUUUCCCGGCCCAGGCUGUCGGGGCGGUCGGCGGCGCUCUGGCGAUCCAGGAGUUUAUGCCGGCCCAAUACAAGCAUAUGCUUGGUGGGCCGUCUUUGAAAGUGGAUUUGCACACCGGAGCCAUUGCAGAAGGGGUUUUGACGUUUGUGAUUACGUUUCUGGUUUUGGGGAUUGUUCUGAAGGGACCAAAGAGUCCAAUUGUGAAGAACUUCUUGAUCGCUGUUUGCACGGUGGCGCUUGUGAUUGCGGGCUCCGGGUACACCGGCCCCUCUAUGAAUCCGGCUAAUGCUUUUGGUUGGGCGUAUGUGAACAAGAGGCAUGAUACUUGGGAGCAGUUUUAUGUGUACUGGAUUUGUCCAUUUGUUGGAGCAAUUUUGGCUGCUUGGACUUUCAGAUGGGUUUUCCCAGCAGCUUCAGGAGGAGGACCAAAGAAGACUUCAGCUAAGAAAAAGAAAGCUUAA